AUGACCGAUCUCAGCGGACAGGUGCGAUUAAGAGCUUCUCCAACUUUCGGUGUCUACGAGGAUCAUCUCUUUGGUGGUUAUCCAACAAUGGAUGAUAUUCCAGGUACUGGGAAGGCAAAGAAUAAAUCUAAGAGACAAGAGCAGCAGAAGAAAGAAGUUGAUAAGAGGAGCGAUGUAGUCGUUCAGACAAAGCCUUCUUCGGACGCUGUGAAAAGUGUGCUUGUGGACCUGAUCUCAACUGAAAAGGUCACCACUGAUCAGGGAGGUAUCAUGACAGCAUCUAUCUCUGAAGAGGCCGAAAGUCUGCAAGAGCACCAACUGAUGGUGGUAGACAAUGUGCCAGAAAAGAUUCUUCUGGAAGGUUCCCAGGUGGAUAACGAUAGACUCUCCAUGGCUGAACUAUUCAUCAAACAUGAAGCAACUGCAGAAGCAAAACAGGACAAUGCCCUUGAGUGCAGCACGCCCUUGAGUUGCACAGACAUGGUAUCUCAUGAAGCUCCAUCUGACAAGUACAUGGAGAAUUGUGUUCCACCUACCCUUCCAGAAGACGAUUCAGCUGAUGAUGACACCAUUGGCUUGGCUUAUGUACUUCUCUUGCAGCUCCUGGCCAAAAUAGAGAAACUCCAUCUCCUAACAGCUCCUGACAUUUCACAAAGAGCGGGAGAACUUCUCAGUCAAUUCACCACUGAGUUUUCACUUGGGUCUGGCCUUGAGAGCUCGAAGGAUUCUUCUGAAGCUCUGAGGAACAUUUUCCAGACCUUUUACAAGGACCUCUUGCAUAAAAUUGGACUAAUGUGUCUAACUGGUAAAGUUAAGAAUUUCCAGGAUUCCACUGUUGAUGAGGAUCUAAUCAGGUCUCUGACAAGAGCUGUGCAACAACACAGGAGACCUACUGCUGCCAGUUCUGAGCAGGGACACAAGAAAGGAUGGUUCAACUUCCUAAAAUCGCUUAAAUUCAAGAUGACCUUAAAGAAAUCCAUCAGAAACAAGAACGUUCAGUCACACUUGGCUGCUGCUGCUGAUGCGAAGACAGAAGAUCGUCCUUCAUCAGAGAAACGUCACCCUUACUGAGCAGACUGACCUCGUUCCUCCUGAAGAAGACCUUUUUAAAAUAACAUCAGAAGUAGAUUAACCAGGAGUUGAAUUCAAAUAAAAGACUUGCAUUCA